AUGGCAAAUAGGUAUUGCUUUGAAACUCUUGACAGAUCAUUGAAAGAUAUUUUAUCUGAGGAUGACCAAUCAAAUGUUGAAAAGAUGUUUGGAGAAAACAUGAGAUUGAAGAAAAAUGACAGUAGCACUGCAGAUUUGGAUGAGAUGUCUGCUUUUGACAGAUGGUUACUUCGUAUUGGAGAAGGAACAUGCGUUUUAGAAGAUGAAAGCCUGUUACAAAUUCCUGAUGACUUAAAUCUUACUGAAGAUUGCACUCCACAAGAGACCAUUCUCAAUGCUGUUUUCCCAGAAGUUGCCAUCGGAAGGGAAGAAAUACUACUUUCGGAUACAACUUGCAAAGCAGGAGGAAUGUCAAAUGAUGAUUAUAUCCUAUAUCCAACUGAAUUCCUGAUCACUUUGAUAUGCUCCGGUAUGUCGAAACAUGAAUUACAAUUAACAAUUGGGGUUCCAAUAAUGUUACUACGCAAUUUGAACCAAGCAGAUGGUCUUUGCAAUGGCACAAGAUUAAUUGUAACCCAUCUAGGAAACCGGUUCAUACAAGCAGAGACUAUUACAGGAUCAAAUAUUGGGCAUAAUGUUGUGAUUCCAAGAAUAGUAUUGUCCAAUGUAGAUACGAAGUGGCCCUUCAGACUGAAAAGAAGACAAUUGCCAAUUGCAGUUGGCUUUUGCAUGACAAUCAACAAAAGCCAAGGCCGAUCUCUAAAAACAGUGGGGUUAUACAUGAAGCAUCAUGUAUUUACUCAUGGACAAUUAUACGUUGUUGUAUGGAGAGUAACUUCAAGAGAAGGGAUUAAGAUCUUAUUGGUGCAAAAAGAAGAAGAAACAGAAGACAAAUUAAAAUUGUUUUUAAAGAAGUGUUCGACAAAAUACAAGGUUAGAUAUAUUGCUGAUUCUGUAAUUGUACAAAAAUUACCAUACCAAAAUUGA